GAAUGUUAGCAAAGUCAGGUAACAACAAUGUUAUUUAUGUAUUUAGGCAGCCCACAAAAAAUACCACCCAAAAAAUAAAAAAUGCCGGGAGGCGUGCGCUCCUUUAGCCACAAACAUAUCUGGCAGCAGCUAGUACGACACUGCAGCCCACUACUCCACCAGCCCGGAUCGUACAACAAUGCUGUGGUGAUUGCGGCUGCCGUGCGGACACCCAACGCUCCCUUCCGAGCGGAGGAGCAACAGCUAGCUGGGAUGAUAGUCGACGAACUGGCCAAGCGAACCACUGUGCCGCGCAAGGAGUUCAACAAACUGAUCUUCUGCUCGUCGUCCAAGAGGCCGGUGCCUGAGUGCAAGGAGCACCUCUCCAGUCUGGCCAAUGAUUUGGGCUUUAAGUGCGAGACGCUCGCCCUGCAAGACGACAUUUGCUCCAUUGGUGGUCUGCAGAUGACGCUGGACUGUCUUCAACGCGGAGAAGACCAGGUGAUCAUCACUGGUGAUACCCGGCGCCAGGUUGUGCAGCCUGAGUACGGAGUUCUGGCAAACGAACUGAUGUCCGUGCAACAGCCCCGAGUUCGCAAACCAUUGGCCGGAAAUAACCAGGCUCCGUUGGAGCCGUCACCCACGGUAGGAGCUGCCGCCCUCGCCUGGACUACCCAAGAGGCAGCACAACGCCUACAACUACAACCACUCGCCUUGCUGCGAGAGUUUGCAGUGGAACAGGAUCACGAACAGGCAAUGUUUCGCUUAAGUGGGAGGAGUCCGAUCACUCCCAACGAGAUCUACACCUGGAACAUGGUCACGGGAACCCAAAAAGCAAUACCGGAUAGUAUACUCGGUGACCUGAAACCCAAGCGCCUGUGCACGCACGACUUUAAGCAGAUAACGGCCAGCCACCUACUGACGCAUAUGGUUCACUCACUGCCCACCGGCGAAUUGGGAUGCGCGGUCAUGGGAGUGCCUGAUGGACGCUCUAUAAUCAUGGUCCUCGAAAAGCUAGCUCCCAGCAUAGCCCAGGUUGACGGCCGGCCUUUGCUCACUCUUUACACGCGCGAUCCCUGUCCCCUGUGCGAUGAGCUAGUCCAGCGGCUGGAGCAAGAAUUCGCUGGUCAGUAUCGGCUGGAAAAAGUUCACAUCGACCGCAAGGAGAACGUACGUUUCCUACGGCUCUUUCGGCAUGACAUCCCGGUUCUGUUUCUAAACGGACAGUUUCUCUGCAUGCAUCGACUUAACGAGGAAGCUUUAAGAGAGCGCCUGCAGGCUCUGCAAGCCGAAUCUUAUUAAAAAGCCUUGGGAUUAGGAUAAAAUUUAUAAAUACAAAAUUAAAAUGUU